AUGCUCCAGAUAUACUCCAGAUAUACUCCAGAUAUGCUCCGGGUAUGCUCCAGAUAUACUCCAGGUAUGCUCCAGAUAUACUCCAGGUAUGCUCCGGGUAUGCUCCGGGCAUGCUCCAGACCGAGGACCUACCGGGACCCCUUGACACCGGGGACCUACCAGGACCCCUUGACCCUUGACACCGGGGACCUACCAGGACCCUUGACACCGGGGACCUACCAGGACCCCUUGACACCGUGGACCUACCGGGACCCCUCGACACCAUGGACCUACCGGGACCCCUUGACACCAUGGACCUACCGGGACCCCUUGACACCAUGGACCUACCGGGACCCCUUGACACCAUGGACCUACCGGGACCCCUUGACACCAUGGACCUACCGGGACCCCUUGACACCGUGGACCUACCAGGACCCCUUGACACCGGGACCUACCGGACCCCUUGACACCAUGGACCUACCGGGACCCCUUGACACCAUGGACCUACCGGGACCCCUUGACACCGUGGACCUACCGGGACCCCUUGACACCAUGGACCUACCGGGACCCCUUGACACCGACCCCUUGACACCGUGGACCUACCAGGACCCCUUGACACCGUGGACCUACCAGGACCCCUUGACACCGUGGACCUACCAGGACCCCUUGACACAGUGGACCUACCGGGACCCCUUGACACCGUGGACCUACCGGGACCCCUUGACACCGUGGACCUACCAGGACCCCUUGACACCGUGGACCUACCGGGACCCCUUGACACCGUGGACCUACCAGGACCCCUUGACACCAUGGACCUACCGGGACCCCUUGACACCGUGGACCUACCGGGACCCCUUGACACCGUGGACCUACCGGGACCCCUUGACACCGUGGACCUACCAGGACCCCUUGACACCGUGGACCUACCGGGACCCCUUGACACCGUGGACCUACCGGGACCCCUUGACACCGUGGACCUACCGGGACCCCUUGACACCACCUUUUGACACCGUGGACCUACCGGGACCCCUUGACACCAUGGACCUACUGGGACCCCUUGACACCAUGGACCUACCAGGACCCCUUGACACCAUGGACCUACCAGGACCCCUUGACACCGUGGACCUACCGGGAACCCUUGACACCAUGGACCUACCGGGACUGACACCGUGGACCUACCAGGAACCCUUGACACCAUGGACCUACCGGGACCCCUUGACACCACCUACCGGGACCCCUAGACACCGGGGACCUACCGGGACCUCUCGACACCGUGGACCUACCAGGACCCCUUGA